UGUCCUGGAGGAGUGCCAGACCUGAUCCUGGAAGAAAGCUCAAGUCUUCAGAAUGGGCUGGGGAGAGGAGGGGGAGAAGAGGGAGAGAAGAGGAGAGAGGGUAAAGCCCAUCAAGGGGCGCCGAUGUCCUUACAGGGGAAGGGUGUCUACCCGCAGGAUUAGGAAUCCGAGCUCGUGACCACAGAACUUGUGGUUAUUCUAGCUCUUCUAGCAGUACCCUAGGGGUUCAGUGGGUGUCUUGGGUCCUAUAACUUGCGCGUGGACGAGGCAUCCUUCAUAACGAUGGAAAGCUCCGUCCACCCCUUCCAAUUGGGCCGCUGGAUUUUGGAACCCCUCGGCCCUACGGAUCUCGAAGUUUCCUUACCCCCUCCCCACUGCAUGUGGCUCUUGGAAAAAGCUGGCUACAGGGUGGGGACGGCGGAGCCCGGAGCCCGGUGGGCCCCCUCCAGGCUGUUCCCGAAGCGCCGCGCCCCGGGUCCGCCGACGCGCGCCUGCCCCAACGUCCUCACCCCGGAUCGCAUCCCGCAGUUCUUCAUCCCGCCUCGGCUCCCUGACCCCGGCGGCCGCCACCCGGGAGGGCGCAGCCUCCUGGCCGCCUGCUCGCUGCCGCACCUGGCCGGCCGCGAAGGCUGGGCCUUCCUGCCCGAGAGCCCGCACACGCGCCGGCGCGAGUCCCUGUUCCACUCGCCGCCGCCGGGCCUGACCGCGGGGCUCCCGCCUGCGCACUCGCGACUGCACGUGUCCGCCCCGGACCUGCGCCUCUGCCGGGCCCCCGACAGCGACACCGCCUCGUCCCCCGACCCUUCGCCCUUAGGUUCCCCGAGGCCGCCCAGACCGCGCUUCCUGGCCCCCGCGGCGGCGGCCCGCACCGCAGACCCGAGCCCCCGCGCGCCGCGCCGGGCCGCGCCGCCCCUCUUCCACCUGGACUUCCUCUGCUGCCAGCUGAGGCCCACCAAGGAGAGCGUGCUGCGCCUCGGGCCCCGCGGCGGGCAGCUGAGGCUCUCCGCCGCCUACCACGCGGGCCCCGGGCGGCUGCGGCUGCGCUUGGUGAGCGCCGAGGAUCUGCCCCGGCCUCGGCCCGGGCCCGGGAGCGGCGGCGGCGGCUGCUGCGUGGUGCUGCGGCUGCAACCCCGCGUCCGACCUCGGGCCCAGCGCAGCCGCGUGGUCAAGUGCAGCGCCAACCCCAUCUUCAAUGAAGACUUCUUCUUCGACGGGCUCGGCCCGCCAGACCUAGCCGCUCGUAGCCUGAGGGCCAAGGUGCUGGACAGGGGCGCAGGGCUGCGCAGGGAUGUGGUGCUGGGGGAGUGCGAGACGCCUCUUAUUGCCCUGCUGCCCCCCCUGGGUGGGGGCCUAGGCCCAGGGUCCUCCCUGGCACCUGCCCAUCUCAGCCUGUAAACUGAGCUUGCGGGCACCUCUGGAGGUUUCCUCUGGGCCCUGGGUGGUUCUUGCUACCUAUCCAGCGUGUAUUUAUUUUUGUUAAUAAAAUGUCCCUUUGUCUCUA